AUGACUCUGCUAAGACUACUGCUGCUUUUCGCGAUGGCAACAACAAGCAGUUGCGCUGAAAAUGUGACACAUCUCGUUCCCUCAGACGGACAAAUGCCGCCAUCGUGCGACGGCUGUGUUUGUGUGACGCCUGAUGAUGGAGAGUGCCCUUCUUCCACAACUACUGCUACCUUGCCAACCCGGUUCGAGCCGGAGCAUAUCAGUCGACUGAAGGCAUUGCAGUGGGAAAAUGCUAUAGUGUUGGAUUGCGAUCCAUACCUAGAUAAUUGCACCAUGACAGAUUCCGUUGAAGGAAGUAGCAUCGAAGGAGUGCAAGAUAAUGAUAUUGCCGUGUGUGGAAUGCGCUACAACAAUGUCACUCUGAAUAAGACAAGUGGAUGCUCUACGAGCUAUGAAACCAAGACAUUUUCGAGUCGAGAAGAGCUAGACGCUGCCGAAGGAUAUUUUCUAACGCAUUAUGGAGCAUGUGGGACCUGUAGUUCUACACAGGACCUGGCUGUCUACAUGGAAUUGCAAUAUGAGCCUCUUGGGUUUGAAUGUGGGGCUCUUGCCAUUUCCAAUGAAACCGCUGCGCAGGAAUGCUUUGAAGGCAUUGGAUUCACAAAAGGAUGCGCUGCUACAUGGCUAUACAACACAAUCCACACUCGAGAAAACUGCCUCUCAACCUGCCUGGAUUUCAUUGGAAAGCCACCCAAUCUGGAUGCUCCCCAGUGCCCCUUUAAUGCCUGCCUCGAAUGUGACGAAGUUUUCAGUGGACCCAUCUUUCGAACCACGGCGGGGCGCUCCCGGCGCCGUUCGGGUGUUUUGAGCUAUAUUGCCCACAAUUGCUCCCAACUCUUCUUCGAUGUAAUGCCUACGGAUCCUUGCCCUACGACGACGACAUCGUCCUCCACCGCCGUGUCGUGGCUUGUCCAUCGAGGAACAAUCGUGUCUGCCCUCGGUGCCUUUCUGUCUUUCCUCGUCUCCUACUACCCGUAG